AUGUCGCCUUCCACACCACCGCCUGCCACAAGCAACGGCCUCGACCAGGCCCAGGACCAGCACCACUCGACCGCAUCGUCGGCCGCAUCACCGCCGCCGCAGCAACAACAGCCCGACGGCGGCUCGGCCUUCUUUGACCAGUUCUUCGCAUCCGCCCUCGCACGCGCAAAUAUGUCGUCCAACGACCUAAAGGGCCUCGCAGGCUCCAUCUCGGCCGCCGCUCACCCCAUCCCCAACCUCCAGCCGCCGCACAGCACAGACGACCCCAACCUCGCCCAAGACGGUCACGGGCUAGACUGCGGCCGCGACCCCGGCCCCGUCGCGGCGGAAUCCUCGACCGACUCUGACCCGGCACCCACUUCCACCACCACCACUACCAACACCACCACCACUACCAACACCACCACUGACAGCAGUCAACCCCGCAGCCGCACCGCCUCCCAGAUGAUGUCGUCGCUCAACCUCGGCAGCGCCAGCCCCGGGCUGCCCUCGAGCUCCUCGUCCUACACGCGGGGCGGCGGCCUGGGGACGCCCACCGGCGAAAAGACCUACAUGGGCGCGUCGUGGCAGGCCAGCGGCACCCAGACGCCCGUCAUGGACAAGGACGGACUCGGCUGGCCGGCCAAGGCCACCCUCGACCGGCUCAACUACACGCCUGCCCAGGCGGCCGCCAACGAGAAGCGGCUGUCCGAGGCGGUGCGCACGGUGCUCGAGUGCCUCGGCGAGGACCCGGAGCGCAACGGCAUCAAGCAGACGCCCGAGAGGUACGCAAAGGCGCUCCUCUGGAUGACGCGUGGCUACGAGGUGCGCCUGAGCGACGUCAUCGCCAACGCGAUCUUUGACGAGGAGCACGACGAGAUGGUGAUUGUGCGCGAUAUCGACAUCUUCAGCCUCUGCGAGCACCACAUGGUGCCCUUCACCGGCAAGAUCCACAUUGGGUACAUUCCCAACCGGCUGGUGAUUGGGCUGUCGAAGCUGGCGCGGAUCGCCGAGACGUUUGCGCGGCGGCUGCAGGUGCAGGAGCGCCUGACCAAGCAGGUGGCGCUGGCGCUCGACGAGGCGCUGCGGCCGCAGGGCGUGGCCGUCGUCGUCGAGUGCGAGCACCUGUGCAUGGCCAUGCGCGGCGUCCAGAAGCCCGGCGCGUCGACCGUGACGAGCUGCAUGCUCGGCGUAUUCCGCGACCGCCAAAAGACCAGGGAGGAGUUCCUCAGCCUCAUUCGCAAGCGAUGA